UGCCUUCACCUUCUGUAUACCAGCUAAGUAUGUUUAACUACGAACGUCCAAAACACUUCAUCCAAUCCCAAAAUCCAUGCAGCUCCAGACUGCAACCUCCUGGACCGGAAACCGCCAGCUUCUCUAGCCAGACCAAACAGUCUUCCAUUAUGAUCCAGCCCCGCCAAUGCACAGAGCAAACAUUUUCUGCCUCUUCAACAAUGAGCUCUCACAUCACCAUGUCCUCCUCUGGUUUCCCUGCCUCUCCCCAGCAGUUUGCUGGCUCCAACCCUGGCCAAAGGGUUACGGCUACCUAUACCCAAUCCCCAGCCAGCUUCCUCAGCUCCAUAUUACCAUCACAGCCUGAUUACAGUAGCAGCAAAAUCCCAUCCACUAUGGACUCCAACUAUCAACAUCCUUCAGUUGGUCAACCUAUAAAUGCUAUGCCAUCCCAAAGUACAAAUGCUAAGCCCACACCAAGGACUCCUGACCAUGAAAUACAAGGAUCAAAAGAAGCUCUGAUUCAAGAUUUGGAGAGAAAACUAAAAUGCAAGGAUAGCCUUCUUCAUAAUGGAAAUCAACGAAUGACAUAUGAGGAGAAGAUGGCUCGCAGAUUGCUAGGACCACAGACAGCAGCUGCAGUGUUUCAAGCUCAAGAUGAUGGUGAAGCACAAGACUCACCACAGCAGCACAACUCAGAACAUGCACGACUGCAAGUUCCUACAUCACAGAUAAGAAGUAGAUCAUCUUCUAGGGGAGAUGUGAAUGAUCAGGAUGCAAUCCAGGAGAAAUUUUAUCCUCCUCGUUUCAUUCAAGUGCCAGAAAACAUGUCAAUUGAAGAAGGAAGAUUCUACAGAAUGGACUUCAAAGUGAGUGGUCUGCCAGCUCCUGAUGUAUCAUGGUACCUAAAUGGAAGGCCAGUUCUACCAGAUGAGUUACACAAAAUGAUAGUGUCUGAGAAGGGUUUUCAUUCACUUAUCUUUGAAGUGGUCAGCGUUUCAGAUGCAGGAACUUAUGCGUGUAUUGCCAAGAAUAGAGCAGGAGAAGCCACCUUUACUGUGCAACUGGAUGUCCUGGCAAAAGAACAUAGAAGAGCACCAAUGUUUAUCUACAAACCACAAAGCAAAAAAGUUUUUGAAGGAGAUACAGUGAAGCUAGAAUGCCAAAUCUCAGCUGUACCUCCACCAAAGCUUUUCUGGAAAAGAAAUAAUGAAAUGGUACGAUUCAACACUGAUCGAAUAAGCUUAUAUCAUGAUAAUACUGGGAGAAUUACCUUAUUGAUAAACGAUGUAACCAAGAAAGAUGCUGGGUGGUAUACUGUCUCUGCCGUUAAUGAAGCUGGAGUCAUCUCAUGUCAUACAAGAUUAGAUGUUACAGCCCGUCCAACCCAAAAUGUCCCAGCUCCUAAGCAGUUACGUGUUCGACCAACUUUCAGCAAAUAUUUAGCACUUAAUGGGAAAGGUUUGGAUGUGAAACAAGCUUUUAAUCCUGAAGGAGAAUUUCAGCGUCUGGCAGCUCAAUCUGGACUCUAUGAAAGUGAAGAACUUUAAUAAUUUUACCAACAUUGGAAAACACAGCAACUAAAC